AUGUUAGAUAAGAAAGCAGACAAAACUUAUGUGGAUGCAGAACUAACAAAGAAAUUUUCGAAACCAGAUACAAUGACAUUUACAACAGAAAUUAUAAAUGGUGAACCAGCAACUCCAUUUGAAUUUGUUAGAGGUCUUCAACCAGAUACUUUUGAAUUUUUCUUGGAUAAUUCUAUUGAACUAACAUUACAUUAUAAAAGUGGAACAAAUGCAACAUUUCAUCCGGGAGAUACAUUCCAAAUGGUAUUUAAUGACAUAAGUUCUUUAGAAUAUGUUUAUAGAGUUAUGAGCAUAUAUGAUUUAAUAUAUCCUAUAGGAGCUGUUUAUACGUCUAUGAAUCCAAUAAAUCCAAACACUUUAUUUGGUGGUAGAUGGUAUGAAAUAGUUGACAGUUUUCCAUUCUACACUAAUACUCAGUCAAUGAAGAUGGGAGGUUCAAAGAAAAUAGGUAUUGAAAACCUUCCUUCACAUAUGCAUAGGUUCAGUGGAAGAACAUCUGUGGAAGGAAACCAUUCACAUUCAAUAACAAAAAGAGGUUAUACAAAUCUUGCAGCGGGUUCGGAUAGACAGGGAAUGCAUAGAUAUGAUAUCACAACUGACCCCAAAGAUGUUAGCACAGGUAUUUUCUGUGGAACUGCAGGAAAUCAUACACAUGUUGUAGCUGGUAUUACAGACCCAGCAGGUAAUGGAAAAGAUUAUAUGCCUCCUUAUAUAACAAUGCACGCUUGGAUACGAGUUGGUUAA